UAGGUUUUCGAACAUUCAAAAGAGAUUGUCUGCAGCAAUUUUGCUGAUGGAACAGAUUGAGAAAAUAUCUCCUGAAGCUCAGAAGUGGAGGGUUACUAACCUACUUUUUAGAGGGGCAUUUUCUGCCUGCUCAUUUAGGCUGUGUUUUGCAGUUUCUCCUCUGCUAACGAGUAAGUCAAACCAUGAACCAGUCACAGUUAAAUGAUUGGAGGACAGUUAACACAAGUGGAAAUUUACUGAAUACAUCUGGACAUCACCCCUGUCCUUUGGGUUUUGGACACUACAGUUCUGUGAACGUAUGCAUCCUGGAAACCUCUAUUAUUGUGCUGCUAACCUUUUUGAUAAUCAUUGGUAACCUGAUUGUCAUUUUUGUAUUUCAUUGUGCACCUCUUUUGCACCAUUAUACUACAAGUUAUUUCAUCCAGACAAUGGCAUAUGCAGACUUGUUGGUCGGAGUUAGUUGCUUGGUACCUACGCUGUCACUUCUUCAUUAUUCCACAGGCGUUCACGAGUCCCUAACAUGUCAAGUGUUUGGCUACAUUGUUUCUGUGCUGAAGAGUGUUUCUAUGGCUUGUUUAGCAUUCAUCAGUGUGGAUCGAUACCUAGCAAUCACCAAACCACUCUCUUACAACCAACUAGUAACACCCUGCAGAUUGCGUCUCUGCAUUAUACUCAUUUGGAUCUAUUCUUGUUUGAUUUUCCUGCCGUCCUUUUUUGGUUGGGGUAAACCUGGAUAUCAUGGUGACAUCUUUCAGUGGUGUGCCAUUGCCUGGCAUACCAGUGCCUAUUUUACUGGCUUUAUUGUGUGUCUGCUGUAUGCUCCUGCAGCACUGAUUAUUUGUUUUACAUACUUUCAUAUUUUUCGUAUAUGUAGACAGCAUACCAAAGAAAUUUGUGAUCGCAGGGCACGCUUCCCCAGCCAUGAAGCUGAAUCAGCUGGUGAAACUGGGCCUGCUCACAGCCCUGAUCGGCGUUAUGCCAUGGUGUUGUUUCGCAUAACCAGUGUUUUCUAUAUGCUGUGGCUCCCAUACAUCAUCUACUUUUUGUUGGAAAGCUGGCGAACAAUGGACAAUCCUACUCUUUCCUUCCUUACCACUUGGUUGGCCAUAAGCAAUAGUUUCUGUAACUGUGUCAUAUACAGUUUGUCCAAUAGUGUUUUUCGUUUAGGACUCAGGAGGCUAUCAGAAACUAUGUGUUCUCCUUGUAUGUGCUCUAAAGACGUAAAUGAACGGGAUCCUAAACCCCGAAAACGUGCUAACUCAUGUUCUAUCUAAAUGCAACAAAGGAUCAUAUCUGCAUAAGCCCCAUGAUGCUGCUUUUUUUUUUUUUAAACCUCUACAAAUAAAUUAUUGUAACAGUCCCUUUUGGUUUAAAUGUCUGGAUUUAUAAUGAAUUAAUUGAAGUAAUAUACUUUGCUUGAAAAGUCACACAAAGAGUAUUCAAAUACUGACGUGAAUACCCUUGAUUAGGUGACAGUUAACUGAAGUACAAAUAUUUUGGACAGAUAUGUCUGUUGAAUGUGUAUCCAUAAAAAUGUCUGUUGAAAAGUUUGAAUUACAGAUUUCUGCCUUACUGUGUAACAUCAUCUGUGCUAGGAUACCAUUUCAUAUGAUGUUAGGAAAAUAAACUGUCCAUAGCGCAUGUAGUUCCAGUGUUAAAAUAUGUUGUUUUAUAUUUAAUUAGGGAAAAGCAGAAUACAAAGAGUUGAGUGACAGCCAAUCCUCCUACAUCAUCCUCCCAGUCAUACACGAGUUUGCAGCAGACUGUGCAGUUUAAAUGUCAUAAUAAUAAACACAUCUGUGCUAACAGCAUUCCAAAAAAAAUAAAAAUAAAAGUUUCUAACGUAUAUGCUGUUGUUUAACAUUUACUAAAUAUUUAUUUUCUUUGAAGGGUCAUCAGCUUUAAUAAUUGUGUUUUCAUUGACUGAAAAGUUCACCAACUGUUUUGUGAAAAGUUCACAAAAUGUAUUUCCAUAUAUGCAAUUGUACUUUUGGCUAUGUAUUUUUGCAGUAGGAUAUACCUAAUGUAAAUAUGAAAACAUAUUUGCAUUGUUUAUUCAUCCCAGAAAUGUAACCAAGUAAUACCUAAUAAUUGCCUGCAGUCAAACACUGGCCUCUGAUUAUUAUUUUUAAAGUCUCUAUCCAUGUCCUUAUCCUGUCUAGCCAGACUGACUGAUAUAUGGCCAAGACUGACCACACAUGUGUUGGAGAGGCUAUUGUUGUUGUCCUAUAUGUGGGUCUGUAGAUUGACAGUUGGCAAAAUCACUAUGUAUGUAGCCAGCUUUACACUGUCAGACAGGUUAGUCAUUAAAUCAAAUUAUGGAUUUGUGAAUAUUAACUUUGUAUAACACAGAUCCAGUUCCAGUUGUAGUAUGACCUAAUAUUGUUAAGACUAGCUGGAAAAUCUCAUCAAGAGAGGACCAAGUUAGGCAGUCCUUUUUGACAUGCCUGCGCUUACCAAUAUUUGUAUUCAGUUGUUGACCGGGCUAAACCAUUGUAGCAUCCUACUAUGGCCCACCACUUGGGUGGCCAGAUUCACUUGUUUGGCAAACUUACCAUGAGUUUUCCGUUUACUUUAUGUAUUUUUCCAAGGAUAUGUAGUCACAUGUAGUGCUCUUGUGCAUUGACCUUGCUAUCAUGAGAAAGACUAGACCUAUAUUCAUGUAAAACCACACAGAUACAUUAAGACGUUGACCUUAAUUUAAAUAAUGGAAUUUAGGAUAUCAAAUUAAUGAUCUGUUAUGGGGUAACCCAUUAUGCAGAAUUCUCUGAAACCCAGCAAUGCUAUUACCUUAUAUUUGUAGUUAAAAUAAAGAAUUUUCUCUGGAAUGACAGCCCCUUGUUGAUGGUAACAAAUCCACCAUAAAUGUGUGUUUUAAGCAACUUUACAACAUACAUUCAGUUAAAUAUUUUCAGUGGUUUGAAGGUUAUUUUUAAAUGUAAUUGCUAUUGAAAGCUGUAUUUUUUCCUUUCUGUUCUGUGAUUCUGACUCUUAAAACAGGGCUUCUUUUUUAAGUCUGUUAAUCAGCUGGUUUCUGCUACAUUUAGACAUUAGAAACAGAAGUACAUGCUUUUUUAAUAGCAAUUAUAAAUACAGUUAACCUUAAAAUUACUUACAUAUUUAAUUGCCAUUUUUAUGUCACGUUGCUUUCAAUUACAUUCACUUUUUAAAACUAUAACAGUAUUUGAGUAUAGUUAUACAAAAUGGUUUAUUUAACCUUUUAAUAUGGGCCAUUAAUAUGGGCCAUGAUGACAGUUUCUCAUAGCUUAUCCAUUCUAAUUGUAUUAAAAUGCCAAUGAGUUUAGAACAUCAGCAGUAAAAAUAAAAAUAACUGUUCUUUUAUGCAGCGUUUAAUUUAUUACUCAUAAGUUAAAAAUGAUUCCUUUUUUUAAUUUUUUAAAAAUUCCCUGAACUCUGUUUUCCUAAGCUGGUAUCCUAUUUUAAUGAGAUUUGUGUAGCUAAAACCUUGCGGGAUGGAUAUUUGAGUCAUUUUUAGUAACAGAUGGGUCUGUCUCUAUUUGAGGCUUUCUAAGCACAGCUUAAUACUACUGUCUGUGGCUGUUGUUAUGAUCAGAAGCCAUUAUUUCUUGGAGAAACCAACAAUUAAUUGUUUUAAGUUUUUUUUUUUUAAUUUGCUGUUCCUGAUUUAUUUAUUUUAAUGUUCUGAGGAACCACACUGUAUGGUGACUGCUUGCUUCCAUCAUUUGAUGAAGGGCAUUAAAUGUGAUGUGAAGUGCUACAUUGUGAAAAGAAUGGACAGUAUUUUCAACACAUCUGGAAACAAAGUGUGUAGUUAAUUAUGCUAUAAAGCAGUACAUUAUCUGCCUCUUAUUAAGAUGGCAGUUUCUGACAGCCACCCUGCAAUCUGCUGCAUUACCAUAAAUUACUUCAAGCAAUAAUUAUACAUCUUUUGUUUCGGAAAUCUAAAGCCUGAUUUUAUGGAGAACUGUGAUCCAUGGGCUUUUCUUUAGAAACUUCUGGUUAUGGUUAUCGACAGCCUGAAUGAUUUUGUAACUAACUCAGAACAGAUAUAUUUUUAUUACAUAGAGAGACAUGAGAUUAUACAACAGGAUAUUAGGAUAAUAGCUGCUGUAAUCAUACACUAUAUGGUUAAACUCUGCAAUGAAAUGAGUGAACUGUCCAUUUCCUUUAGAUAAAAGUAGAUUGGUAACAUCCCAUGAAGGUCAAAGAUGCCGAAAUAUUUUAGCAGACACACACACACAAGCACACACAUAUGUAGUUAUACAAAUGUAUAAUACAAAACAGUGCCUUUUUUUCUAUUCUUUUGUUUUCUGAAGGCUGUAUUGGGCAUAAAAUUUAGUUUUGCUGGUGAUUCCAGCUGUGUUAAAAUUAUUUGUAUCCAUAGUGUUAAUAGAGCAUUACACUGGUAUUUUAUAUUAUGUCUGAUCCUGUCUGAAUGAUCUUCAUAAUCACUAAAAAUGCUUGGUAUGAAUACAUUUGUAUCUGCGUUUUUAGAAAUUACUUAAGUGCAUUAAAGACCAAUGGAAGCAAAAUGUUUCAGAGAAUAUAGCAUAUGUUGUACAGUAGUCCUAAGCCUGCAGUUAUAAGCACAGUAAUUUACAGUUAAUUCUGUGGUAGUGUCUGUUAAAUGUAAUUAGACAUCAGCUGUUAAUUGCUUGUGUACCUGCUAAUCACACGUUUAAAACAUAUCUUUAGUGGAAAUAUGGUUGAUUUUUGUCCAAAUUCAAAACACUUGGAUUGGUUUUACAUUUUGUGCAAAAAAAUACUGUGACAGAACUAAUAUAAAAGAGAAUAAUGUAAUAAAAGGCAUUGCUGUAAA